GUCAGCAUCGUCAGAUCUUCUGAUCUUCCUCGACAGCUUCGUAAAGGCACUCACAGACACAAAAAUGAGCAAACUGGAGUCCGCGAUGGAAACCCUCAUCGAUGUGUUUAAAUACUAUUCUUCAAAAGAGGGCGACAAGUUCCAGCUGAACAGAUCGGAGCUGAAGAAUCUGCUGCAAGGAGAGCUUGGAGAGUAUCUGGAGGUCAGCAAGGACCCAGCAUUGGUGAAUGAGAUCAUGUCUGAACUGGACAGGAAUAAGGACUGCGCAGUGAGCUUUGAGGAGUUUCUUGUUCUGGUGACUAAGCUGACUGUGUGCGGAGCCGGCUUCUUUCAAGGCUACUGCUCUACUGUGGUUAUCACAUGUGCCCAUAGGUAAAGACGGGCAAUUUUACACACUGUGAAUGUCAAACAGUAACAGCUUUUAUCUUUUAAUUACAUUUGGAUAUCUGUGAUUUUAAUUCAAGUUACAGUCUCAAAAGCUCCAUGCUGGAGUUCCUCUGUUCUGAUGUGAAACUGUUCUCUUAAAAUGUCACUAAUUUCUCUCUGAAUAUUAAAGAUGAAUAUAUCUGACAA